AUGGGCGGCGGGAGCAGCACCCGGCGGGUCACCUUCGAGGCGGAUGAGAAUGAGAACAUCACGGUGGUCAAGGGCGUGCGGCUCUCUGACAGUGUCAUUGAUCGGAUGAAGGAACCUUCUUCACCCAGUGGGAGGCAGCAGCACCGAUCAUCUGGUGCAGUUAGUGAUGAAGAACUAAAGAAAAGAAUAGCUGAGGAACUGGCAUUAGAACGAGCCAGGAGAGACUCUGAAGCUCACAAGAGAAGGUUGAAACAAGAACAGAUGUAUGUACGUGAUGAGUUUGGCAAACUUCUGGAACGAGAGAGGAUUUCAUCCAAUGAACAUUUGACUCGAGCUAUUCUUCGGGAGAGAGCUGCCUCGGAAGAGGAGCGGCAGAAGGCGCAGCGUUUUGCCAAGCAGCUGGAAGACAAAGACAGAGAACUGAAGAAGCAUGAUGCCUACUACAAAGAACAGCUGGCUCGACUGGAGGAAAGAAGUGCCCAGUUCUACAAAGUUACCACGGAGCAAUACCAAAAAGCUGCUGAUGAAGUGUCAUCUCGGUUCAAGCGAUACGAGUCCCAUCCCAUCUGCACUGAUCUGCAGGAUAAAAUUCUACAGUGUUAUCAACAACACCCUCAGGAGACCCUCAGCUGCUCUGCCCUGGCCAGCCAGUACCUGCAUUGUGUCAACCGUGCCAAACAGCAGAGCAUGCUUGGCAGGGGAGGAUAAAGGCAUUGUCCGAAUCAAGCACAAGACCAUCAACUCUAAUUUCAGCAGAAGAGCAUUUUUUUUUCCCAAGAAUGAUAUGACAGCCCAUUAACAGGGCAGACCAAUAAAGAGAAGAACUGGAAGAGCCAUUUGAGGAGCAGAAACCAUCACAGUUCAAUCAGUGUGACCAUUUGGGAAGCCAAGACCUGUAUCUUAUUACAUCAGAAAUCGUCCAGCCGAAGAUACUGUUCAGUCCUAGUAAAAUCCACUUAUUGGUGAUUGAAGGAAGAAAAAGAAAAGAACCUUUCACUGACCUUAGAAAAGGGAAAAAUCCUUCAAAUGCUGCUAUUUCAGUGUAGAAUCUCCUGAAAAACUUCUCACUGUCAGAGGCACGGGUCUGCAACACUUGGUGUGCCAGGACCUGGUGGCACUUGGUGGGUAAGUCAGCCCACAGGCUUCUCCUCACUCUACAGCCUCUACUUGUUGCUCGUAGUACAGUUUUCCCUGCAACCUAUAAUGACCUAAAUUGAGCUUUAACUUAUUUUACAAAUUGUGUAACUUGAUGCAAGUCUCUCCCCAGGCCUUCUGCUGGAAUGAUG